AUGACUAUAAACUUGGUGUAUGAUUAGAGAUAAUGUUAGGGAGUAUUGGGAGUUGGUGCAUUUUCAUAAGUUCGAAAAGUGACUCAUAGAAAAACUAGAGCAAUUAGAGCAAUGAAGGUCAUAAGUAAAUCAAGACUCUCGACUACAGAAUUGCAAUAAAAUUUUAUAAAUGAAAUAAAUGUGUACAAGCAAUUGGAUCAUCCUCACAUCCUUAAAUUAUAUGAGUUCUACUAGGAUGAAAAAAACUUCUACAUUAUUAUCGAAUUAUGCACAGGUGGUGAAUUGUUUGAUAAAAUAAUUGAAAAAGGUAGUUUUUCAGAAAAAGAGGCAUCUUAUGUGAUGAAGUAGAUAAUGUCUGCAGUUUUAUAUGCUCACAAUCAAAACAUCGUGCAUAGAGAUUUAAAACCAGAAAAUGUUUUACUUGACAUAACUAGUUAAGGCAAUUACAAUGUGAAAGUUGUAGAUUGGGGAACAGCAAAAAUAUUUUCGCCCAAUCAAUAAAUUAAUGAGAAAUUUGGAACUUUGUAUUACAUGGCACCAGAAGUAUUGAAGCGUAAUUAUAAUGAAAAAUGCGAUAUUUGGUCUUGCGGUGUUAUUUUAUAUAUUUUAUUAUCUGGUAUGCCUCCAUUUGGUGGAAAAACAGAUUUGGAGAUUCAAAAGAGCAUUACGUAUGGGAAAUACACAUUAGAUAGUGAUGUUUGGAAUUCGGUCAGUGCUCAUGCAAAAGAUCUUGUUUCAUAAAUGCUUUAAUAUGAUGUAUAGAAGAGAUUAAGUGCUAAAUAAGUGUUGGAACAUCCAUUUCUUCAAUUGCAACAUUAAGAGAAAGUUGACAAAUAGAUAGUGUAAUGCAGACUGAAGAAUCUGGUCAAUUUCAGAGCUGAAUAAAAACUACAAUAAGCCACUUUGAUGUUCAUAGGUACAACGAUGAUUUCGAAAGAAGAGAAGAACUAGUUAAUGUAAGCUUUUAAAGAGAUGGAUUAGAAUGGGGACGGGAUCCUUACUAAAGAAGAGAUCCUCGAAACAUACAAGAAGUAUAUGGAUGAUGAAACUGCUUGUCAGGAAGUUCAAAAGAUUAUGGACUUAGUCGACAUGGAUGGGUCAGGUACUAUCGACUAUACUGAAUUCAUCAUUGCCACCAUGGAUAGAAAGAAAGCAGUCCAGAAGGAGAAAUUGAAGGAAGCAUUUCAAAUAUUUGACAAAGAUGGCAAUGGAUUUAUCUCGGAAUAGGAAAUUAAGGAUGUCUUAGGACCAUCAAUAACAGGAAUUGAUGAGAAGUAUUGGAUGAACAUGAUCAAAGAGAUUGAUAAAAAUGGUGAUGGACAAAUAAGUUAUGAGGAAUUCUGUGCAAUGAUGAUGAAAAUCAUUUAAUGAUAUAUAUAGACUAAUUUCAUCUUUAUAAAAAACGUUCUAGCAUUGCCUUAAACAUUUCUUACAUCUGUGUAUGA